GGGGGGGAAGGAGGCGUGUCCGAGCGGCGUUUCUUGUCAGUCGGCGCUGGUAAGCGGCAGGGGGCGGAGGCUGCGGCAAGAGCAAGAGGUGCAGCAGCAGCAGCAGCAGCAGCAGCAGCGCCGGCAGCGGAGGAGUCGGAGCAGCCUCCCCCUCGCGGCUUCUUCUCUUUCUCCUCCGGACUCCAGCGGCGGAGGCCGCCGCAGCUACCGCCACGCUGAGCCUCCAGCCGCGGAACUAGCAGCAGCAGCAGCGCAGGUGAGGACCAAAGCAGCCGUUACGCUGACGCGCCACAGGUAGCCUCGUUCAGGACGGACCCUUCUGGCACUCGACCAUUUUGCAGUGGAAUACCGGAAACGCGCAAAUCUGGGUUUGAAACUAUGAGCUCGGUAGCAGUGUUAACACCCGAAAGCUUUGCUGAGCACCGCAGCGGCCUGAGGGAUGAAGAAACACGAGGUGGUGUCCCAGAGGAUGAGGCCUACAUCCCCACUUACUUGGAAGCUUUCCCACCACUCCCUGAAAAGGGAGCCCCGGGGGAAAAGUCUAGUGAGCUUACAGGAGUAUGGAACAAAAUCCGGCCUAUCAAAUCCUCUGUCAUCACCCAGGUGUUUCACGUCCCCCUGGAAGAGCGACGCUACAAGGACAACAGCCAGUUUGGAGAAGGUGACGAGGCCAAGGUGUGCGUGGAGAUCAUGCAGAAGACCGGGGCUCACAUUGAGCUCUCCUUGGCCAAAGACCAGGGCCUGUCCAUCAUGGUGACCGGCAAACUGGACUCCGUCAUGAAAGCUCGGAAGGAAAUAGUCGCUCGGCUUCAGACCCAGGCUUCAGCUACUGUCACAAUCCCCAAGGAACACCAUCGCUUUGUGAUCGGCAAGAACGGCGACAAACUGCAGGAGCUGGAGCUGAAGACGGCCACUAAGAUCAACAUCCCGCGGCCUGAGGACCCCAGCAAUCAGAUCAAAAUCACGGGCACCAAAGAAGGCAUUGAGAAAGCUCGACAUGAGAUCUUGCUCAUCUCGGCCGAGCAGGAUAAGCGGGCGGUGGAGCGCUUGAACCUGGAGAAGGCCUUCCAUCCGUUCAUUGCUGGAGCCUUCAACAAAGUGGUCCAGGAAAUCAUGCAGGAGACAGGGGCCCGUAUCAACAUCCCGCCGCCCAGCGUCAACAAGGAUGAGAUCAUCAUCACGGGUGAAAAGGAGCCGGUGGCCCAGGCUCUCCUGCGGAUUCGCAAGAUCUACGAGGAUAAGAAGCGCAAGACGACCACCAUCUCCGUGGAGGUGAAGAAGUCUCAGCACAAGUACAUCAUUGGACCCAAAGGCAACACCCUGCAGGAGAUCCUGGAUGCCACUGGGGUCUCGGUGGAGAUGCCGCCCCUCGAAAGCAGCUCGGAAACGAUCAUCCUCCGGGGUGAGCCCGACAAGCUGGGUCCGGCUCUGACUCAGGUCUAUGCCAAGGCGAAGAGUGUGAUGGUAGCUGAAGUGAUGGCCCCAGCCUGGUUACAUCGUUUUAUAAUUGGAAAAAAAGGACAGAACAUUGGCAGGAUCACCCAGCAGCUUCCUAAGGUUCACAUUGAAUUCACGGACGGUGAUGAGAAGAUCACGCUAGAGGGACCCACUGAGGAGGUAGAGUUGGCUCAGACGCAGAUACAGGAGAUCAUUCGGGAUCUGCUUGGUCGAAUGGACUACGCUGAAGUGCUCAUCGACCAGAGGUUCCACCGUCACCUGAUAGGGAAGAACGGCGCCAACAUCAAUCGCAUCAAAGAACAGCACAAAGUCUCCAUCCGGAUCCCGCCCGAUAACGAGAAGAGUAACCUGAUCCGAAUUGAGGGAGACCCCCAAGGAGUCCAGCUGGCCCGAAAGGAGCUGUCAGAAAUGGCUGCUCGCAUGGAAAAUGAACGCACAAAGGACCUGAUAAUUGAGCAGCGCUUCCACCGGACCAUCAUUGGGCAGAAAGGCGAGAAAAUCAAGGAGAUCCGUGACAAGUUCCCAGAGGUUAUCAUCAACUUCCCCGACCCCUCACAGAAGAGUGACAUUGUGCAGUUGCGUGGGCCCAAAAAUGAAGUGGAAAAGUGCGCCAAGUAUCUCCAGAAAGUCAUUGCAGAGCUGGUCGAAAACAGUUUUUCUAUCCCAGUCCCUAUCUUCAAGCAGUUCCACAAAAACAUUAUUGGGAAAGGAGGUGCCAACAUCAAAAAGAUUCGAGAGGAAACCAAUACCAAGAUUGACCUCCCCACAGAAAACAGCAACUCGGAGGUGAUCCUGAUCACCGGGAAGAAAGCCAAUUGCGAGUGCGCCCGGGACCGCAUCCUGGCCAUCCAGAGGGAGCUGGCUAACAUAAAAGAAGUGGACGUGUCUAUACCAUCCAAGCUGCACAACUCAUUGAUCGGGGCUAAGGGUCGGCUGGUGCGCUCCAUCAUGGAAGAGUGUGGCGGGGUGCACAUCCACUUCCCUUCCGAGGGCUCGGGGAGCGACAAGGUCACCAUCCGAGGGCCCGGCGAAGAGGUGGAGAAAGCAAGACGCCAGCUGUUGCAGCUUGCUGAGGAGAAGCAAAUCAACAACCACUCGGCAGAGCUGCACGCUAAGCCGGAGUACCACAAAUUCCUGAUUGGGCGGGGGGGCGCCAACAUCCGGAAAGUGAGGGACCGCACCGGUGCUCGCAUUAUCUUCCCCAGCCCCGAUGACAAGGACCAGGAGCUCAUCGCCAUCGUGGGGAAGGAAGAAGCAGUGCGGCAAGCCCAGCACGAGCUGGAAAGCCUCAUCUGCAAUCUGGAUAACGUUGUUGAAGAUUCAAUGAUGGUAGAGCCCAAAUACCACCGCCACUUUGUGGCACGCCGGGGGCACGUGCUGCGGGAGAUGGCAGAAGAGUACGGAGGGGUUGCUGUGAGCUUCCCCCGGACAGGUGUCCAGAGUGACCGUGUGACCCUCAAAGGAGCCAAGGACUGUGUGGAGGCAGCCAAGAGACGCAUCCUGGAGAUCAUUGGUGACCUGGAGGCCCAGGUGGUUUUGGAGUGCGUCAUCCCGCAGCGUUUCCACCGGGUUGUCAUGGGAGCCAAAGGUUACAGGGUGCAGCAGAUCACUCGGGACCAUGAUGUACUGAUCAAGUUCCCGGAGCGAGAUGAAAAUUCAGGUUCAGAAGCACAGUCUCAGGAAAACGGCGACAUUAGCCCCGAGCCAGACUCUGCCCCCCGCAAAUGUGACAUCAUCCUCAUCUCGGGGCGCAAGGAGAAAUGCGAGGCGGCACGGGCAGCUCUGCUGGCUCUGGUUCCCAUCACAGUGGACGUAGAUGUCCCCUUUGACCUGCACCGCUACAUCAUCGGGCAGAAGGGAGCCGGCAUUCGCAAGAUGAUGGAGGAAUACGAGGUGAACAUCUCUGUGCCACAGCCUGAGCAGCAGUCGGACAUCAUCAAGAUCACAGGCCUGGUCCCCAAUGUGGAGCGAGCCAGGGCCGGCCUCUUGGAGAGGGUCAAGGAGCUGCAAGCAGAACAGGAAGAUCGGGCAUUGCGGGGCUUCAAGUUGACAGUGAGUGUGGAGCCCAAGUACCACCCAAAGAUCAUUGGCAAAAAGGGGGCGGUCAUUUCCCAGAUCCGAAAAGACCAUGAUGUCACUGUCCAGUUUCCAGACAAAGGGGAUGAGAAUCAGGACCUCAUCACAGUCACCGGGUAUGAGAAGAACGCUGAGGGUGCCCGGGACGCCAUCUUGAAAAUCGUGGCUGACCUUGAGGAGAUGGUCAGCGAAGAUGUCCGCCUGGAUCAUCGGGUUCACUCCCGGAUCAUUGGCGGGAGGGGCAAAGCCAUCCGCAAGCUCAUGGAAGAGUUCCGGGUGGACAUCCGCUUCCCACAGCCAGGUUCCAGCGACCCGGACAGAGUCACGGUGACGGGGCUGCCUGAAAAUGUAGAUGACGCUAUAGACCACAUGCUCAACCUGGAAGAGGAAUAUAUGAUGGAUGUGGUGGAGACUGAAGCCAUGGCUGCGUAUAUGAAGCCCCCCUCCCGCUUGGAAGAGGAGCCCCGGGGCCCGGCCAAGGGCUUUGUGGUGCGCGAUGCCCCCUGGAAUGCAUCCGGGAACAAGGCUCCAGAUGUGAGCAGUGCCGAAGAGUUUCCCAUCUUUGGAACCGGCGUGGUCCCCAAGCAGACAUCUGUUUGGGGGCCCAAGAAGUUCUGAGUUGGGGGGAGGACGACGCACUGCCAGCCAGGCACGGCUCCUACCUUCCUUGAGCAUCGUGGCGGCUUUCCCACGCCAUCCACUCUCUUGCUGUCAGAAUGUGGCAGAUUCUUCCUCCUCCUCCUCCUGCACACUCUCUCUCCGUGACUCUGUGCAAUCCAUUAACCGAUCAAAAGCCAUAGCCAGCCUCCUUCUGUCUCCCCUCCUCCCACCCGCCUUUUCCUUCUUUCCGUCGAGCCAAAGCGGGCCAGGUUGUAAGCACACAAAUGUAAACGAGCCUCAUGUGGCUAGUUUGUUCGUUCUCUCUCUGUCUCUUUCUCCCUCCGUGCCAGAUUUCAGGGCAUUAACAUCUCCUGACCAAACAUGGCUGUAAUACCCUUUCCUCCCCCCCUUCAGCUUAAAAAGGGUGGUGGUGGUAAGGACCCUUUUUUCUUCUCCCUUGCUAGUUCUCUCUUCCUCUCUGCUUCCAGGUGUCAGAUGUUUGUACGUUCCACACACUCCAGAACUGCAGGAGGAGCCAAGCAUCGGGGGAGGGGGGGUCAAAGGAUGGGCAGAUCUCUUGCGCUGCCACCCUGAAUCGACGGUGCCCCUUCUAGCCAUUCUGCCAGCCACCUGCCUGUCAUGGCUAGUCCUCCAAGCUUGCAAAUAGCCCCUCUCCUAGCCGAUAAUCAAUAGAUUUGGAGCUGCAUCAUUGAGACAGGACUAAAGGGGUUUCAUUGGAGGGGGGGGAAGCACCAUGUAGGUCUGCAUGAAAGUGCGUGGAUGUCUAGGAGGAGACUUUCUGGCUUCUGUGACCAGGGAAACUCUCUCUCUAGACGCAGGUAGCACCAGAGCUUGGAAAAGUUGGUUUUUUUUGAACUACAACUCCCAUCAGCCCCAGCCAGCAUGGCCACUGGAUUGGGCUGAUGGGAGUUGUAGUUCAAAAAAGUAACUUUUCCAAGCUCUGGGUAGCACUUAGAAACUUUGGCAGCCUUCUGUCCGCUGCUGCUUUUCCUCCUGCCCUCUUCUCAUCUGUAGCGCAGUGUAGACUAGCCCUUUGCCAACCUGGUGCCCUCCAGGUGCCACACUGUACUGGCUGGGGCUGCACUCCAAAACAUCUGGAGGGCCCUGGGUUGACGAAGGCUGACGUAGAGUCUGUCGUGAUUAUUUCCAUCUUUUCUUUGUUCAUUUUCAGCCCCCUUCCUCUCCUGCCUUUCCCCUUCCCUUCCCUUCCCUUCCCUGUCUCUUCCUCCAAGUUGCACUCGCUUUGAACCAUUAGGGGAAAAUAUGCAACACUGAACAAAAGAGAAAGUUUAAGAGCCAGGCUCUUCCUGUUUUUUCCCUUUCUCUCUCUUUGGUUUCUACUCCGCACCCAAUUUCUCCAGAUUUUUAAACUGUGACUUCUGGACUAUGUGUGUGUGUGUGUGUGUGUGUGUGCGCACAAGUGUGUGUGUGGUGGGGAUGCAAGUGAGCUUAGAGGCUCCACCUACCCAACUCUACCCCCCCUUUUUUGCCAUGUCAACAGACAAGGUGAAAAAUAAGCUACAGUGGAGCAAGGUAACUGAGUUUUCUGUUUUUGAUUUGAAGGCAGGGUUGUGAGAAAUAAAGAGAAUUUACAAGAAGCAGAGAACGUUAUUGGCCUUAAAAAAGGAGAGGAAAAGAAAAGGAAAUUAAUGUUUAAUUAAGGAAAUAUGCAAACUCUGUAGGUCACGUGACAGUGACUGUGGACUUUUCUAAUUCCAAAUAAAAAUGGAGUGAAAAACA